AUGGCAGCAGAACAUGAAGAGAACUCGCAGCCGCCAAUACGCAGCUACAUUGAAGCAUUCAGGCCGCUUGUGCCAACAGAAGAUACAGGGUCGACCGCACGACUACAGCACAUUUUUGUGAAAAACGGGUCGCCGGCGUCGUUUGGCCAUGUCGUGUCAGAGCAGUGGCAUACAGACCACACGAACGGACGGAGCACGUGGGCUGUCGUCGAUUCCAACACGGAGUGUCUACUCCUCGCGACAGACCUAGUCGACGGGGCCACAAACAUCCCUGGACAGAAGGUCGAUACUGAGCUCGUCAGGUUCCCAUCGGCAGACGGAAAGAUACCGGGCUCUGGAAUAGUCAUCAUGUCCUUCCGGGAGCUGGUCACGACCCUGAGCGCAUGCCGGGGCCCAGGUCCCGUGUGGCAGUGGGACGCCGCACUGGGCAACCCGACCGUCGUCAUGAAUUUCGCAUGGGGCGACAUGAGUUUCGACAUGGCGUUUGCCUGUCCACUGUUGGCGAAGGUAAUCGAGGCCACGACAGGAAUAGAUGCUGGGGGCCUUAUGGCUUGUACGGUCUCGAGCGAAAAUAAACGGUACUUUGGCAAAGAGUGGAAGCUGGUCGAGACGCAAGAAAUAACGUCACUCACGAGAGGCGACAGGCCCAGGCCAACGUUCAGGGGCUCGGACAAGUGGACUGUAAACGACGGCCAGGAACGCAUGUUUGACGAGAUCAAGGGGUCCCUCUCGGACAUCUUGGAGCACGGCUCGAGGGCCCGUGAGCAGAGGUCUCUGUUGCUGGCGGAGCCGAGAGUGGCCGACCUCCUUGGGUCGGGUGCUCGAGCCGUCGUAGAAGUGGGCAGUUGCGAGACGCUGCGGUCACAAGAGAUGCAGGAUAUAGACAUAUCACUCGGCGGCAGUCUGACUUACUUAGGCCAACUGCGAAUGAUCAGCGACGUGGUGAUAUACCCAUACUUUAGUGGAUACACCGACAGCGACGGCCAACUAGUCGCCAUGACGGCCUGGAACGGGGUGCCGCGGUCACAGGCGGAGAUCAACUACUACAGCCGAUGCAACCAAGAGUCUGACACCCAGCCACGGGUCCACAUCCUGACCAGCGAGAAGCGCUUCCGGGAGUUACCCACCCACUGCGAGACGUCACCAGCGCAUACCCUACACCUAGGGCGACUGUUACUCUGCUGCAAAUUCGUGUGGCCCGAGCUGCCCUUGGCGGACGUGCCUGUCCUCUUGCCGGAGUACGACGCGGCCGUGAUGCUGCAGCUGAUGUACCUGCGCAACAAGGGCCUCAUCGCCAGGCCUGCAGUCGCCACUGGCGAGGUGAACCGGCCCGGCCAGGCGGGGAAGCCAGAGCUGUACAGGAUGAUGGACCUGACCGCACUGGGGUCCAAGACGGCUGUCAUCCUGCUGCACGGCGUGCACGGCCUUACCAGCGCGCACCUGCUGGCACAGCUUAUGGACACGCCCGAGGAGCAGCGUACCACAGCCACUGUUGAGGCCUUUCUCGCCAUGUCCGUCCUGUCCGAGCCCCGUGAUCUCAGCAGGAGGACCCCCCUGUGUGGCGACAUAAGCGUGACGGCAGGGAAGGACCAUGACCGGACAUGGUACGAUACUAACCUCAAGGGCAUCGCAAGCGGGAACGCUGGUCGCGGGCCCGUCUGGUUGGCGGCAGGCCUCUGGCAGGAGCUGAUGCAUAACUACGAGUUCAGGGCGCCUCUGGGGCAAAGCAAUCGGCGGCAGCACGAGUACCCCCCGGCCGUGUUCAAUAAUGGUAGCAUCAAGGUGGACGUCGAAGAAACACUUGACUGGGACGAUCGUCUCGUGGUUUUCAGCAAGAUCCUCACGGACCAUACGGGUAUACCGGCGGUCAUCGAGCUAAAGGAUACCCCCCUAACAGCCCCGGAGUUACUGGCUGUGGAGGUCGCUCUCGUAAGGGCGUUCAUGGAUCGAAUAAUGAUCAUGGAGGAUCAUGGCAAAGACUUCAAGGCCUGCGACAUGGCGUCAGGCCUCCAGCUCGGUCGGCCCGUCAAGGAACAGGAAGAUCAGAUCUGGUUCGAGGAUUGCGAAUCCCGCGACAGGCUGAAGAGCGGCCUGACGUUCCCCGUCAUCUUCUGUGUCUACAGCCACCUGAUCGAGGCCGUCAAUAAUGGUCUCGUAACCAUGCACCCUGUUGACGUUACAGUCGUGUCUGCAAGAGCAGUGCGUCUCGCCCUCGAGGGAACGAUGGCACACGUGCGGGUCCGGACUAGUCUCAGCACGGCGCGGCUACUCAGGGAGCGGGCGAGGCAGGCCAGCCUCGGCCAGACGUGA